UAAAAGUAAUUAAAUGAAUAGUAUAAUAAAAAAUAAAAUGUUUAACAAACAAAUAAAAAGUCUAUCAAAGCACUUGUUUCGAAAAUAUGGUCUUCGAAGUGCCAACCCGACAAUUCAAUUGAUGCGAUGUUUAUCAUCGGUGCAUAUAAAACCAAGCUAUGCGCAGACAUCUGAAGCUUAUGCCAAACCAAGUUACAUACAUAAUCCCGGAAAAGACGCUUUAAUUUAUCACGCUAUAGGCCAAGAGCUUGAACGUGCGGUUAGUAUUUAUGGUAGUAAUGAGGCUAUUGUUUCCUGUCAUGAGAAUAAACGGCACACAUUCCGCACUCUACUUGACAAUGUCGAUAGGGUUGCAGCAGGCUUCUUAAAAAUGGGCCUUAAACGGGGUGAUCACGUUGGUAUUUGGGGUCCCAACAGUAUGCAAUGGUAUUUGACUAUGCUUGGUGCAGCUAGAGCAGGACUUAUUUCGGUUGGAUUAAAUCCUGCAUUCCAAGCACCUGAAAUUGAUUACUGCUUGAAGAAAGUCAAUGUGAAGGCAGUUGUAAUUCCCGAAACAUAUAAGACACAAAAUUUUUAUGAAAUACUUAAAAGCAUUUGCCCAGAGCUACCACAUAGUGAAGCUGGUAAAAUUAAAAGUCAAAAUCUACCACAUUUACAAGCCGUCAUUAUUGAAGGUAAAACAAAAUUGAAAGGAGCCUUCAGCUUUGAUGAAAUAUUAGAUUUGCCCUCAACUUCGGAACAACAACAGAUUUCUACACUUCAAAAAUUAAUAAUGCCUUGCUCACCAUGUAAUGUGCAAUUUACAUCGGGUACAACUGGACAACCCAAGGCGGCCACUUUAACGCACUACAACUUCGUAAAUAAUGGCAUACACAUCGGUAAUCGAAAUAAAUUGGAAAAUGCACGUAUUUGUGUACAAGUACCUUUAUUCCAUGCCUUUGGAGUAGUUAUUAGCAUAAUGGCAGCUCUUAGCAAAGGCGCAACAUUGGUAAUGCCUGCAGCUGGUUUUAAUCCUGAAGAGUCAUUACGUGCAGUUAUAAAAGAAAAAUGUACUGUGAUACAUGGCACGCCCACAAUGUAUGUUGAUCUCAUAAAGAAACAAAGUGAACUAAAAUUGCCUUUAAAUACACUUAAAAUGGCAGUCACUGGAGGUGCUAUUUGUUCCCCACAAUUAUUCCUAAACAUAAAAAAUGAGCUUGGUGUGGAACAGGUGCGUACGGUUUUUGGUAUGACUGAAUGCUCAGCAGUUAUAUUCCAGUCACGAGAAGGUGACACUAUGGAACAAGUCCUAAACACUGUUGGCUAUAUACAGGAUCAUGUAGAGGCCAAAGUUAUUGAUAAAGAAGGUCAUACUGUGCCAUUUGGAGAGCCCGGUGAAUUAUGUGUAAGGGGUUAUGUUACAAUGUUGGGAUAUCAUGGCGAAGAGGGAAAAACCAAAGAAGUGCUAGGUCCUUGCAAAUGGUUACGUACAGGAGAUCAAUUUGUGCUACAGGAAGAUGGAUAUGGCCGCAUUGUGGGACGCUUGAAAGAAAUGAUUAUACGUGGUGGAGAAAAUAUAUUCCCGAAAGAAGUAGAAGAUUUUCUUAAUACUCAUCCACAGAUUAUUGAAAAUCAUGUAAUUGGUGUACCAGAUGAGCGUAUGGGUGAAGAGCUCUGCGUAUUUGUCCGCUUAGAAGAUGGAGUAGAAAAUUUAACACGUAAGGAAUUGAAAGAAUAUUGCAAAGGGAAGUUAUCACACUAUAAGGUGCCACGAUAUGUUGUACCAGUGAAAGAGUUUCCAAAAACUACAUCCGGAAAAAUACAAAAAUUCAAACUUCUAGAAUUAUUUAAACAGUUAAAUGCUUAGUAUUUCUACUUUAUAAAAAAAACAUUAUUUGUUC